UAACCUGGUUAACUGUUUAAACUAACAACAGGUCACUCAUUAACCUGGUUAACUGUUUAAACUGGUCACUCAUUAACCUGGUUAACUGUUUAAACAGGUCACUCAUUAACCUGGUUAACUGUCAGUCAGUGUUAGCCCCGCCCCCAGCAGGUGUGCUCUCUCUCUCUCUCUCUCUCAGUGUUACCUGUGUCUCUGUUACCUGUCUGCUCUCUGUGGUCACUCUGUUAUUGUCUGACCAUGUUUCAGUUCAGUCUCUCUGUCUCGUCGUCUCGCUGCUGAGAUGUCAGAGGAGGCGGUCAGCCUCGCCGCUGUGACCGUGCUGGGCGUCCUGCAGCAAGCCUAUUUCUCUCUGCAGGUGAUCUACGCCAGGAGGAAGUACUCGGUGUCUCCGCCCGCCACCACCGGACCCCCGGAGUUUGAGCGGAUCUUCAGAGCUCAAGCCAACUGUUCCGAGUAUUUCCCGAUCUUCCUCACUGUCCUGUGGACGUCCGGAGUCUUCUUCAGUCCAGGUGUGUCUUCGGUCUGCGGUCUGCUCUACCUGUAUGGACGCCUCCGAUACUUCCGUGGUUAUUCACAGUCGGCUCAGGAACGGUUGGCUCCUAUGUACUUCAGCGCUCAGGUUCUGUGGGUUCUGACCGGGUUCUCGUGUCUCGGCGUGUUCCUCACGUUCUGCAGAGUUUACCUGAAGGUGGACCUGCUGCACGGGCUCAGCUCUGCCCUCAGCCUGGUCUGAAGGAGCUGGUGACUCUCAGGGGUCAAAGGUCAGACGUCACAAGAGAGAAACUGGGCCUUUUUUCUUUUUUUUUUUUAAAUUUGUGAUAAUAAAAUGAUAUUAAAACUCUUAA